AUGCAGGACGGGGCGGAGCGGAGGGCGCCGCCGUCAGGGCGGUGCAAACGUCUUUCUUUUUCCGGUACUUGCCGUCCUCUCUGUGUGUCGUUCUGGCGCGCCGUGUCUGUCGCAUCGCUUCUUCUUCUCAUCUGUCUUUCGGGCUCCUCCUUCUUCUCCGAGCCACGGCGCAGCCUGCUAGGCGCCGGUCUCUCUGUUUUCGCCUCCGCCUCGGGUCCUGCUGGCUCUGUCCCCUCUGAAUUGUCUCUCGCACCCUCCCUCGACCUGCGGCAGGCUGGCCGAAGCUUCCCUGUCGCCUCGCUCCGCUCAACGUCGAAGCAGCAACGCACUGCGACGGUCGCUCGGCUCUCGCCGCGAAUCGGCGAGACGGACCCGGCACCCUCGCCUCCGAAGUCUCCGCUUCUCUCCGCGACUCCGCUUGCGUUUGCCGGGCCGCGGCCUGACUUGGAGGCGAAUUCCGCCGCGCUGGAGCCCAAGCGCGAGAAGGCCGACGAGGCAGACGCGGCAGGCGAAGAGGCAGACGCGGCAGGCGACGAGGCAGGGCUACUGCUGGACAUGCCGCCGGAUUCGCCUCGCCUGCCCUCGCAGUACGUGAUUGCAGGAUUCGCCGUCCGCGACUCGCGCGUCCUUCCGCACGAACUGAUCGCUCGCGUGGAGCAGGAGCUCCGCGCGAGGGCGGCGGCCCUGCCUGCCUGUCAGGCGGCUCCCACCCCGCAGCUGCCGCUCUCUGCAGACCAGAACGCGGCGCUUGUGCGGGCGUUCGCCGCUGUCGUCAAUGCCUGGUACCUCGAGAACGGCUAUCUCUUCGCCCGGCUUCACCGGCGGCCGCGGUUCGUGCCUAUGCAAAAGGAGCACCACGGAUGGAACGAAGGCGAAGGACACUCGUCGCAGGACGCCGCUCCCGCGUUUCGCGUGGAGUUCGACUGCGCAGAGCCCCUCGUCGCGAACCCACCGCUAAAAAUCACCUUCGUGCGCCGCGAGACGCCCCAGGAGCUCGACGCGCGCGGGGCGGAAACCGGCAAGAAGGCGAGGGCAGGCGCCGGUCUAGUGGAGACCACAGGGAAGCUGAGGGAGGACGUGCUGGCGAAGCACUUAAAUCUGCGCCCUGGAGCUCCCUUCAAAUGGGACGUGCUGCGCUGGCAGAGAGCCGCAGGCGAGUCAGAUCUUUUCGAGGACGCGCAAGCUAAUGCCGCGGUGCUUCCCGGCAACGAAGGCAUUCGUGUCGAGGUGGUUGCGCUCGAAAAGCCGUCGCGCACGCUGCGCCCAGGCAUUUCGUUUCCGUCCUCCGCGCCACGCGACGUCCAGGGGCAGCUCCUGUUGGAGAACCGCAACAUCGCGGGCACGUCCGCCCGCGGUCGGCUCGCGCUGCGGCUCUCUCCGAAGUUCGAUUUCUCGAGGGAGAAAGAUAAAGCGAAGGGCAGCCUCGCCGCUGUCUCGCAGACUUCUUCAUUCUCAGCCGACCUCCUUCUCAACUCUCUGUCGCUCGCCACAGACCAGGAGUCUGUGCGCCUCUCGGCGUCGGCGUCCUCCACGUUGGAGUCGCCGCCUCUUGUCGCGUCUCCCCAGCCGCCCGGGACGCAGGGCUCGGGGUCAGCUCCACUACGGUCGCGCCUGUUCGCCUCGUUGGCAGCCAAGAACCCGCCGGGCCCGGCGGCUUCUCCAGCGAGCUCCCCGAACUCGACCGACAGCUCUGCAAGCUUGCUCCUGCCUGCAGGCCACGUCCGCGUGAGCUUCUCUGCAGCCGCAGAGAAGCGCCUGGGCGAGGCCGGCAGCGUGUGGGGCGAGGCGAGUGUCGAGCGGCGGAAGGGGCGGUAUCUGCACUUCGCAGCGCCCUCCGAGCAAGCAAGCGGCCUCGAGGCCGCGCCCGCAGCCCCUGGGCAUGCAGACGGAGGAGACAGGCAGGGCAGCGUGGGCCCAAGCGCCGAGCCCAAGGCUGGCUGGACGGACAAAGUAAAGCAGACUCUCAGGCAGGCCCAGCCGCUGCUUUCGGCCGCCACCGCAGCCCAUCCCGCCGUCAUCGGGGCAGAGGAAGUCGCCGCUCUGCGCCCGCUGUCGCGCUUGUCUGUCGGCGGCGGGAGUGUCUUCGGAGAUCCAACUGUAGGGCACGACGUCGCGAAGGUUGCCGGCGGUGUGCGUCUACGUUUAAACUCCCGACCUGCAGACUCGCUCAGAGAGAGGCCCUCCAGUCCUUCCACGUCAGUGGCCUUCGAGGCCUCGUCGUUCGCAGGUGUAUUUACCCCGUACACGGUCAGCGAUGCUGCAGCAGCUUUCUCGGUUUCUGCGGCUGGUGCCGCGCCAUCUGGCGCUUCUGCGGGAGCACCCUCGCCUCCCGCUUCGCAGACAUCGUGCCUGGGGUAUUCAUGGUUUCCUGGGUGGCAUGCGGCAGCGUCCGAACGGCAGGGGGGUUUGUCUUCUGCCCUGUCGUCUCUUUCCUCGUCCGCUUUCUUUUCGAAUCUCGCGGAGCGACUUCAUCUCAAGCGGCUGCUUCACGGCUCCGCGCUGUCGCAGCACUACUUGACGCUGAAAAAUAAGGUCGGUCCGGCUGUCGCCUCCUUCUCCUCUGCGGCUUAUACGCGAGCCAGACAAGCAGGCGGAUGGGUAAGGGACAGAGCGAUGACGACGGUUCCCUUUGCGCCUCAGUUGUUGCCUUCUGGCUUCUCGCACGCACCGGCGUCUUCCCUGUACCGCACAUCGCCUCCCCUUCCUUUCUGCGGCCUCUCCGCGUCGUUCGCUUCGCGCACGGUUCCCUUUCUCCAGAAGGCGUCUCCUGCUUCGGACUCGGCAGGCGGUCGGGGCUUUUGCCGGCGCGUGCGCGGCUGCCUCGGCGCGUUGGCUUCUCCGUUUGACCUCGCACACCUCUCCCUCUGCACCCGCUUCCACCUCGAUGUCCUACUCCCUCCUCGCAUGCUGCUGGCCAUGCUGUCGUCCUGCGUCCCUGCCGCCGCGGUCUCGUCGCCCGCGGCCGCCGCCGCCUCUGCAGCGCAGAAGGGCUCGCUGCGUGUCCUGUGUGAGCACGCGCGAAAUCUGUCUCGCAGCCUCCUCGCGAAGGCGUCUUGCUACGUUUCCUCAUGUCGCUCUGCCCUGGCGUCUGCGGAGGAGCUCCAUAAGCGGGCGGCUGCUCCAGGCGCCAUGUCUUCUCCCCUUCCUCAUCUCGCCUUCGCUUCGCUUCCGUAUGCUUCCUCUGCGUUUUCCGCUGACGCGCCUCACGGCGCGCCGCUCCCGUCUUCCUCCUUCUCUGCUUUUCCGCCGUUCCCGGAGGACAACGCGGCCUCUCGCGGGGGAGCCGCGCCCGACGCGAAGGCUUCUGCCGCGGCGGCCUUCUCCGCCCUGCCGUCAAAAGAAGACAGAGACCGGCUCCGCGCGACCUCCCUCCGCGCCGCCGCUGCACGGUUUCCGCCCUGGGAGAUGCUCAAGCUCAAGGGAGAGAAAGGAGACAGGGUGCGUGGUUGGGGCCGCGAGCCUGUCGGGCUCUUCGAGGCGGUUGCCAGUGGCUCUCUCGAGCUGCGGGUCCCCAUCGUCGCCAGGGCUCGUCUAGGCCCCGCCGGUCCGCGCGUGCCCGUGCAGCUAAUGGAGCUCGCGUUCUUCCUCGACCACAGUCUAGGAUUCUCUCCAUUCCUCCUUCAUUCUUCCUCGCCUGCACCGCCAAGCGCUGCUGCCGCCGCCACAGCGGCUGCGGCCGCCGCCUUGGGCCCUUCGACCGCGGUCGGAGAUGGAGCCUUGGGCUCCGGGGUCCUGACCGAUGCAGCAGAGACAGCGUCAGGCCCCGGCGGGAGUCGGCCGCUACGCUUUCUCGCCCAGGCAAGACAGCGCGCCUCCCAAAAGCGUCAGGAGCUGGAAGGCAGGUUGAGGGGGGCCAUGGAUAGUCUGAGAGAAAAGACAGGCUGGAGCGCGUGUCAGUAUCCUUCCGUUGGCAUGGCUGUUCGAAUAGCUCCCUUCUGUAUCACCUUUGCAAAGCCCGUGCGGCUGGGAGAGACGGGACUCUCUUUUCUGCCUGGCCGAUUUCACAUAGGCAUGAUCAACGACAGCUUUUAG